GACGGCCAAAACCCUUUUCGCAAAUGGCUUCCACCCUUCUGUUCCGCCUCUCUCUCCCGCUGAACAGACCACCAUUGACCACCACCAAAACCACCACCUUCGCCGACCGCCACCGCCUCCUCCUACCCCAUCCUCUCAAACCCAUCACACCGAAACUCUCCCAAAUCCGAUCCCCACCCAACCCCACGAAGACCGCCCCCAUCACCGCCUUCUACACCACAACGCCGGCCACCGACCGCCUAAUCUCCGCCGUGGCCUACUUCCUCCCCUUCUUCAACGGCCUCCAAUACGGCCGUUUCCUCUUCGCCCAAUUCCCCGCCCUAGCCCUCCCCUUCGAGCCCAUCCUCCCUCUCCUCGCCCUCUACCGCUCCAUCCCUUUCGCGAGCUUCGUCACCUUCUUCGCCCUCUACUUGGGCAUCGUCCGCAACCCGAGCCUGAGCCACUACGCCCGCUUCAACGCCCUCCAGGCUUUGGUCCUCGAUAUCCUCCUCGUCGUGCCGCUCUUGCUGCAGCGGAUCCUCUCGCCGGGCCAUACUGGUAUUGGGCUCAAGUUUACAAUUUGGCUUUAUAAUGGGCUUUUUCUUUUCGUAGUGGGCUGCUUUCUUUAUGGGCUUGUUUCUAGUAUCGUUGGUAAAACCCCUUACUUCCCCCUCGUCACUGACGCUGCCAAGCAACAAAUGUAGUAGUUUUGCUUAUCCAACAAAAUGAGAUUUUUUUUUCUCGUUAUUUCUCCUAUAUUUUGUUUUCUCAUGUAAUGGAUGGUUUUAUUAUUUAUUCAAUUUUCUUUUAUUGUGUGCA